UGUGAGCCUCAUAGCAAAUGUAUCAGUCUCACUAACAAGUCGAGAGGAUAUACAACCAUGUACGCUAAACUGUUCAUCGUUUGCGCCGUCGCCGUGGUAGCGCUUGCCCGCGAGUACCCGGCCGGUCUCCACCCAGCUGUCUGCCCCAACUACCCAUACUGCGACGCCACCGCCUUCCAGAGAUUCACCCCUGAAGGACAACCCAUCCCCGAAUGGGUUUACAACCCAUCCAUCCUUCCACAAGCACCAGUAGACCCCAACGCCAACCUCGCUGCCAGGUACCCAGCCAACUUCAACGCUGCCGCCUGCCCCAACUACCCCUACUGCCACUGAACAGUCCGAGCGCUACAUCGUACUCGAUAAAAGAAUUUCAUGAAAGAUAUGAUUUUAUAAAAAACACAUUUUUUUGAAAUUCCACAGCUAUCGACCGCACUGCCAUAUUUACUCUGUACCUUAUUGUAAAUAAAAAAAACAAACAGGUUCGUUCUCGAUUCGUUUAUGAAAAAUAAAUAAUGUAAAAAUGUAAAUAAAUAUGGUAUAAAUAUG